CUGUGCAGAGCAGGGUGUGCAGGUCAGCAUUGCUCUGGCUGUUUCCUCCUGUGCAGAGCAGGGUGUGCAGAGCAGGAUGCUCUGGCUUUGCACUCCUGGCUGACUGAGCUGAGAGGUGGAGUUACAUUCCUUCCUCCAAGCUGUAUCCUCACACAGAGCAGACACGCCGGAGGAAGUCAGGUGAUCGAGUUACAUAACAGAAAUGGCUGCCAUCACUGAUGCAAGUUUCUUGAGCAGGGUCAUUGGGAAGACCAUCAAACUUACAACUGCCACUGAAUGCUUACAGGGAGAAUUAGUUAGUGUUUCCUCAGAUCGAACCAUCGUUAUCAACAAAAUCAAAGACCUGAAAACCGGCAGGAAAAUUCCUGGAGCACAGUUAUUUUUUGGAAAUAACAUUUUGAAUGUGGAACCACAGGAUGAAUCCUCAGGUGGAUCAGAAAGCCAUACAGCUGAGGUGGGAGAUAACACUGCCUCAAAGGAGGAUUGCUCCGGAACGGACAUCAAUCAGAAUGUAGAAAGCCGUAACACUCCACCCUCCCAUGAAAUUCACAGUGCUUUACAAGCCAUAAAGCAUUCAGUGGAUGAAGAGGAGGUGGAAUAUACAGUCAUUGACCAAUUCCAGCCACAUUUUGGGCCAGCUAUACGACACCUUCUGAAUCAAAAGGUCCUGGGUAUAAGUGCUGUUGGAUUAAAUCUAUGUCGCCAUGGAAAGCUUUUAUGGCUGCAGGUGGCAUGCAAAAGACGAAUAUAUCUGUUUGAUUUUCUUGUUCUUGGACCAAUCAUCUUCAGAAAUGGCCUCCAGACAGUGCUGGAAGAUAAAUGCAUCCUAAAGAUCAUCCAUGACUGCCGCUGGCUAGGAGAUUUUUUGUCCCAUCAGUAUGGUGUUAUCCUUGCCAAUGUGUUUGAUACCCAGGUGGCUGAUGUCUACUUAUUCUCUGUUGAAACUGGGGGAUUUCUUCCUCAUUGUACGAGUUCAUUGAAGGAGUGUUUGAUACGACACCUUAAAAUACAUCUCUCGCGGGUUGACUUCCUGACUCACAAAGAGACCCUGAUAAAGGAUAAUCCCAAUGUCUGGUUUGAUCGUCCGUUGGCUCCUUCUUUGUUAAAAGUAUUGGCCCUGGAAGUGGUGCAUUUGCCCAUUCUACGCUUAGUCAUGCUAGACUCUAUGAUGGCGGACUUUAUGUUAUUGGUUGAUGGAUAUCUUAAUGCGUUCCGUCAAGGGACAGCAGAUGUUUUCGCCAGCAAUGAGCUGUCCAGCCCUGAAUUGCCUAGGGAGCUCCAGCAGCUCAGCAUACUGCAGCAAGUGAAGAGAGAAAGGGCUUUGAAAGAUUAUGACAUUGACAACAAAGGGUUUCUUACAAGAACCUCCUCCUAAGGAUUUCAACCCAGAGUUUAAGAAUUUCUGUUGAUUCUUCCUGUAGGUGAGCCAGUUAAUGUGUAAGUGAGCGCUCCAUUCGGUAGCGAGGAAGGUGAUAUUUCACCAUGGAGCAUUGAUUCUGCUUUUUUGUUUUCCCCCCACUUUCUUUACAAGAACCUGUGUUGUAUAUUCUAUAAAUUGAGGUCAUUUCUGCCUCCCAAGUUAUGUUUUUCUUCUUCAAUGAAUCUGUUUCAGAAAGAUUCUAUGUUUAUAUAUGCUGGUUACCAAAAAAAUUUGUAUUGUAAUAACAUUAUAUUUUUUUGUUCUCUUUCAUUAAAUAAAGCCUUGGAAUGUUGGUGA